AUGCCCUCUGCCGAACAACGAAAGAUCUAUGUCAACAUGCCAAUCGCACCAGACGAGGUAGACGAGUAUGGCCAGCCCUUAAAAAGCUACAUGCGAAACAAGAUCCGGACAGCAAAGUACACAUGGUACACCUUCCUACCAAAGAAUUUGUUUGAACAGUUUAGAGGAAUCGCAAAUCUAUACUUUUUAUUUCUUGUCAUCCUCCAAAUGUUCCCAACAUUUAGCACAUCAGCAUCGCCGAUUCUUGUCAUCCUCCCACUAGCCGCCAUUCUCCUUCUCACUGGUGUCAAGGACUUGAUGGAAGACCGAAAAAGACAGUCGACUGACGACGGUGUCAACCACGCCAUGGCCUACACUCUUAGCAAUUGGAAGAAUAUCAAUGUACCUGAAUACAAAGUCUCGCUCGGCCGACGCUGGCUUAAUUCAUUUGUCAAAUUCUUUACGCGCUGGAAAAAACCAAAGCAAAUGAUCACUGACGACUAUGAUGAUAAUGAUGAUCAAAACGGCAAGCGUCUAUCACGCGCACUCAGCCGUGUUCAGACAAACGUGUCCCGCACAGACUCUUUUCUCGAACCGUCCACGCCCACAAGCAAGACUUCCUCUCUCGGACGCACCCUGCGUUCAGGCACCGCACCAUUCAGCCAGGUGUUUAAAAAGAAGAAGAAGAACAAGAUACCUUAUCGGCCCGGUCAGGUCCCCCACUCGGUCCUCCGGCGCUCCGUUCAGAACAGUAACGCAAGCGAAAAAAAGAAGAAGAAGAAGAAGCAGGCUCUGAUGCCAAAACGGCCAAUGGAUAAACGCUGGCAGGGAGUCCAGUGGAAGAAUGUCCAGGUUGGAGAUUUUGUCUAUCUACGCGAUGGAGAGGCUAUCCCCGCAGAUAUUGUUGUCCUGUCCUCGUCUGAGCCUGAUGGCCUGUGCUACGUCGAGACACAGAAUCUGGAUGGUGAAACGAACCUGAAAAUUAAACGCUCCCUGCAGGCCACGAUUGAAAUGAAUACCCCAGAAGAUUGCGAACGUGCCCAGUUUUAUGUCGAGAGCGAACCCCCACACGCCAACCUUUAUUCUUACAAUGGUGUCCUGCGCUGGAAGGUCGAGCGAACCGACGAAGGCAUGGAGGAACAAAAGUAUCCCGGUGUACCGGCUAUUACAGGUAGCAGCCUUCUUCUGCGUGGCUGUGUUUUACGUAAUACAGGGUGGGUAAUUGGCUUGGUUCUCUUUACGGGUAAUGAGACAAAAAUCAUGCUUAAUUCAGGAAAGACCCCCAGUAAACGUAGUAAGAUGGAAAAGGCCACAAAUCCCCAUGUCAUUGCAAACUUUGUUCUCUUGUUCAUUCUCUGUAUCAUAUGUUCCAUUGCUGUCAGUAUUGUCUACAAUGAAACCUCUUCAUCGAAUUUCUUUGAGCAACCUGAUGCUGAGAGUUCUACUAUGGAAGGCUUCCUCAUGUUCUGGACAACACUGGUUAUUUAUCAAAAUAUCAUUCCAAUUUCUCUGUAUAUAUCCGUUCAAAUUGUCAAGACCGCUGCAGCCUAUUUUAUCCACACUGAUAUUGACAUGUACAACGUCCGCCUUGAUCAACCUUGUGUACCCAAAACAUGGAAUAUUUCUGAUGAUCUUGGACAAAUCGAAUAUAUCUUUUCCGACAAAACCGGCACACUGACACAAAACGUGAUGGAAUUCCGAAGGUGCACAAUCAAUGGCGUCGUCUACGGCCUGGGCGAGACAGAGGCUGCAAUUGGUGCCAAACUGCGCGACGAUCCAAACGCCGUCAAUGCUCGAGGAGAUUCAGAAUACGAACUCGAAGCCGCCCGUCAAAAGAUGAAUGCAGAACAAUCUAAACUGUUUGAACACAAGUACGUCAACCCAAACUCACCCUUUGUGGACCCUUUGGUCUACGAAGAUCUGGCCAAGAACGACAGUCAGUCACAGAGUGUCGUCCACUUCUUUUCUGCCCUUGCCUUCUGUCACACCGUCAUCCCCGAAAUAGCUGACCUAGACAAACCAAAUGUGAUUGAUUACAAGGCUCAGUCACCUGAUGAAGCUGCUCUGGUAGCUACUGCACGCGAUGUUGGAUUCACAUUUGUUGCUCGUGAACAGGAUACUGUCAAGAUUGACGCCAUGGGUGAAAUCAGAUCUAUGCAGCUCCUCAAUGUGCUCGAGUUCAACUCGACCCGAAAACGUAUGAGUGUGAUUAUGAGAUCUCCUCAGGACGGCCGCAUCGUGUUGCUGUGCAAGGGCGCUGAUUCGGUUGUUUAUGAAAGACUUUCUCAGAACCUCAGUGAGGACGACGAAGAUGACCAGAACCAGAAACGGAUCAGAGAAGAGACCCUGCAGCAUUUGGCAGUAUUUGCCAACGACGGUUUACGUACCCUUUGUAUCGCAAGCCGUGUACUCGAAGAAUCAGAAUAUCAGGAGUGGGCCGCUCGUUACAAGACUGCCUCUAAUAGCAUUGUGGACCGCGAAGAAGCAAUCGAAAAUGUAUGCGAAGAGAUCGAACAGUCUCUGACACUAAUCGGUGGAACUGCCAUCGAGGACAAGCUUCAGGAAGGUGUUCCGGAGACGAUUGCUGUGCUCGCCAAGGCAGGAAUUAAGAUUUGGGUACUGACAGGCGACAAGAUCGAGACAGCCAUCAACAUUGGAUUUGCCUGUAAUUUGCUGACCAAGGACAUGUUACUUCUAAGUGUCAACGGACGCGAUGCAGACGACACUUUGGAACAGUUACGCCAAGCUCAGGCCCAGGUCAAUGAAAAGUCAACGUAUCAAAAGUGCGCGCUUGUGAUUGAUGGAGAGUCGCUCAAGUAUGCUCUCGAACCACCCUGUAAAAAAGAACUGUUGACUCUGGGUACCCAGUGUAUGGCUGUGCUUUGUUGUCGUGUUAGUCCAAUGCAAAAAGCCAAGGUGGUCAAUCUAGUUAAAAAGGGAUUAAAGGUGAUGACCCUGGCCAUUGGUGACGGUGCAAACGACGUGUCAAUGAUCCAGGAAGCCAACGUGGGUGUUGGUAUCAGUGGUGAAGAAGGUCGCCAGGCUGUAAUGGCAUCAGAUUAUGCGAUCGGUCAAUUUAGAUACUUGAGUAAAUUACUACUGGUCCAUGGCCGAUGGUCUUAUUUGAGAACCUCUGAAAUGAUCUUGACUUUCUUUUACAAGAAUAUUAUGUGGACACUUGUUUUGUUCUGGUAUCAGCUCUUUUGCGGCUUCUCUGGUACAAUGAUGUUUGAUUACUCUUAUAUUACUCUUUACAACCUUGUCUUUACGUCUUUGCCAUGUAUCUUUGCUGGCGUGCUUGACCAGGAUCUCAAGGCUGCUUACUCAUACAAACACCCUCAACUCUAUCUAAUGGGUAUCCGAAAUGACAAAUUUCCAGUUUCGCGAUUCUAUCUCACGGUUGUGGAUGCGAUCUAUCAAUCUGCGAUCUGUUUUGGUAUACCUUAUCUCGUGUUCGUGGAUGCUAAAAUGCACUCUAGUGGGUAUGACACUGAAGGUGUCUAUGAACUCGGUACAUUUAUUGCCGGUAUUGCUGUGAUCAUUGCGAAUGCGCUUGUAGGGUUUACAAUCUACAGUUGGACAUAUGUAAUGGUGCUUGUUCUAGUACUUUCGUGUGCAACAUAUUUCAUCUGGACUGGUAUCUAUGCACAUGUUAUGACAUUUACCUUCUAUGGCGAAGAUAUAUUGUUCCGUGGUGGUACAUUCUGGCUGUGUUUGCUAGUUACUUUUAUUAUCUGCAUGCUGCCACGCUACGUGACAAAGUAUUACUUGCACAUGUAUUAUCCGUUUGACAACGACAUUAUCCGUGAGAUUGUAUUG